AUGCGGAGUGUUGAUGUUAGUCAUACGGGUGACCCAAUUGAAGAGGCCUCAAAUCGACAGGAUGAUGUUGAGCUAAGACUCUUGGAUGAAGAGAACCAUCGUGAUACAGAGGCAGAAAAGCAUCAUCCUUUAUCCUCGGAGGAGGAAGAAGACUCUCAUCAUCUUGUUCGUCAGGUAGUGCCUGAAACAGAUAACCCUUUGUUGCCAUCACUUACGUUAAGAGCAAUCCUAUUGGGGGGGCUUUUCACUGUGUUGGGCGCCGGCAUGUCACAAUUGUUUUUCUACAAGUCGAAUGCUCCAUCAUUCAGCAGUUACUUUGUGAUUCUUGUUACUCUCCCGCUUGGACGUUGGCUUGCUCGGCUGCUCCCUGAGCGCGAUGUCAGUCUGUUUGGCUGGCGGUUCCCCUUGAAUCCUGGGCCCUUCAGUGUCAAAGAGCAUGUUCUUAUUGCUGUCACGGUAUCAUCAGGAGCAACAAGUGCGUAUGCAUCCGACAUCAUCAACAUUCAAGAACUCUUUUUCGGUGAACACAUGUCAGCCCUACCGUCUAUGACUCUGCUGAUCACUACACAAAUUAUAGGCUUUGGUUUUGCCGGUCUGGUCUACAAUUUGCUCGUGCGACCGCCAUCUAUGAUAUUUCCUGGCGCUCUUGUUACUGUGUCGUUAUUCAACACUCUACAUGACGACGAGUCCAUCCUCACACAAAAGCGCAUGCGCUUUUUCCUCAUCACCUUCGUGGCAAUCUUCCUGUACCAGUUUAUCCCAACAACUCUAUUCCCAACCCUGAGCAGCAUCGCUGUCCUUUGCUAUGUACACCGAAGUCGUAUUGCUCAAAUUCUGAGCUCGGGUUAUAAAGGCUUUGGAAUCCUGAAUCUAAGUUUUGAUUGGAAUGUCCUCGGUACAAGUGGCCCGUUAUUCACGCCUUGGUGGGCGGCACUUAAUUUCUACGGUGGUCUGAUAAUCAUGAUGUAUGUGAUCAUGCCUAUCUUGUACUUUUCCAAUUUUUGGAAUGCCAAAUUGUUUCCGUCAGUGCUUAGUUCGGCAUUGUACAACACAACCUAUCAAACAUUUGAUGUAAAUGCAGUUCUACGAUAUGACAACACACUUGAUGAGAGUGCUUGGAAUGAAAAAAAGCCGAUGCUCUUAACUCCAUUCUUUGCUAUUUCAUAUGGUAUUAGUUUUGCCAUGCUAACUAGUACCAUUGUUCAUGUGUUGUUAUGGCAUGGAAAGGAGAUUACAAAAGCGUGA